GUCGCUCCCUGCGGCGCGGCCCCGCCGCCAGCCGGGACAGGGCCGCAGCGGGCCCGGCCCGGCUGCAGAGGCGAGCCCGGGCCCCUGACGGGCCCUCCCGACGGAGCGCCGGGCUCCCGCCCGGAGAGGAAGGGAAAGGGGAUAGCACAACGCCCUUGGGCUGCAGGGAGGCGCAGCAGCUGAGACCAGCUGCCCUUCUGUGGUGAGGAGGAUGAGUGCCACAUCAACCACAAGCUGUGCCUUGCCACUACCGCUUGGGCCCGAGCAAGAGGAGCAAGAGAGCUCGGAGACACAUAUGUCUGUUCUGUGGUAUGCAGGGCAGCUGGCAAUUACUUACUAUGAUACAGAAGAUUGCUCAGUCUACUUCAUGCCUGACAUACCUGAUAAUGAAGACCUCAAGCUACUGCAAAAAGUGAUUGGGGAACUUAACCCUCAAUGCAUAGUGACCAGUGCAAAACAGGACCAGAAUAUUGCCAAAUUCCUGACCAACCUAAAAGCAACUGCUGGUGAUAAAGACAUAGGAAAACCAGAAAUUGUCCUGUUUCCCAACAUAGAUUUUGGUCUGGAAGUCAGCAAGCAACGGAUCCUGUCUAGGCCAUUUCCAUUUAUCCCAUCUCAUAUGACUGCUACAGAGAAAAUUCUCUAUUUGUCCUCAAUCAUCCCUUUUGAGAGUCCACUCAUGAUACGAGCCUUGGGGGGCCUCCUUAAGUUUCUAGACAGAAGAAGGGUUGGAGUUGAACUCGAAGACAGCAGUAUAGCAGUUCCUAUUUUGGCCUUUAAAAAAUUUGUGCUGUCAGAUACUGUGAAUCUGGACCAAGACACUUACUGUGUCCUGCAGAUAUUUAAAAGUGAUAUCCAUCCUUCUGUGUACAAGCUAUCCAGUGGACUAAAAGAAGGAUUUAGCUUAUUUGGAAUUUUAAACCGUUGCAGAUGCAAAUGGGGAGAAAAACUGCUGAGGUUGUGGCUCACACGACCUACCCAGAACAUGACAGAGCUGAACAAACGGCUGGAUGUUAUCAACUUCUUCCUGCUAGCUCAGAAUCAUGAAACAGUCCUCACUCUUCAAAACUGCCUCAAGAAUAUUAAAAAUGUGCCUCUUAUUUUAAAGAGAAUGACUCUUUCCAACACAAAAGUUAGUGACUGGCAAGCACUGUAUAAGACAGCAUACAAUGCAGUGUGCCUUAGAGACACGUGUCGUUCUCUGCCCAACACUAUUGAACUUUUUCAGACUAUUUCACGUGUCUUCACUGAUGAUCUGCACUACAUUGCUAACCUGAUCAGCAAAGUGGUAGACUUUGAAGGCAGCCUCUCAGAGAACCGCUUCACUGUUAGACCCAAUGUAGAUGCCACAAUUGAUGAGAAGAAACGAAAGCUGAUGGGACUGCCAGACUUCCUUACAGAAGUGGCACAAAAAGAACUGGAGACUUUGGACAAUCACAUUCCCUCCUGUUCUGUGAUCUACAUUCCUUUGAUUGGGUUCCUUCUCUCCAUUCCACGCCUACCAAAUAUGGUGGAUAAGACUGACUUUGAAAUUGAAGGCUUGGACUUCAUGUUCUUGUCAGAUGAUAAACUGCACUACAGAAGUGCCCGGACCAAGGAGCUAGACAGCCUGCUGGGUGAUUUGCACAGUGAGAUCAGAGACCAGGAAACACUCAUCAUGCAUCAGCUGCAGAUAAGGAUCUUGGAGAAGUCUGAAGUACUUAACAGUGUGAUUGAGUACACUGCACACCUGGAUGUGCUGCUAGCCUUGGCAGCGAUGGCCCGGGAGAACGCCUAUUGCCGACCUCGCUUUACUCACCGCCACGGCUUCCACAUCAAGGACGGAAGGCAUCCACUCAUGGAACUAUGUGCAAAGACUUUUGUGGCCAAUCCUGUGGACAGCGGCGAGGCUACCAGACGAAUAAAGAUCAUCACAGGGCCCAACUCUUCUGGAAAGAGUGUUUACUUAAAACAAGUAGGUCUUAUAGUGUUCAUGGCUCUAAUUGGCAGUUAUGUCCCUGCAGCAGAGGCAGAGAUUGGAGUAAUUGAUGGGAUUUACACAAGAAUCCACAGUAGGGAAUCAGUUUCUGUAGGGCUCUCCACGUUCAUGAUUGAUCUUAACCAGGUUGCCAAGGCUGUAAACAAUGCCACGGAGAGGUCCCUGGUACUUAUUGAUGAGUUUGGUAAAGGCACCAACACACUGGAUGGCCUGUCCCUUCUGGCUGCUGUCCUGAGGUACUGGAUCAGACAAGGAACACAGUGUCCACAGGUCUUUGUCUCCACUAAUUUUCACAGUUUAAUGCAGCUAGAACUCCUGCCUGACACACCUCUUCUGGAGUACCUGACCAUGGAGACCCAUCAGGAUGGAGAGGAAUUGAUAUUUUUCUAUCAGAUCAAACAGGGCAUGUCCACCAUUAGUCAUGCUGCCAAUAUUGCUGCAUUAGCAGGAAUGCCAGCCAAAAUUAUUGAAAGAGGAGUGGAAGUAUCAGAACUGAUUCGCAAUGGAAAACCUAUCAAAUGUCUUGAUAAUCCUUCAAAAUGUGAUAGGAUGGAAAAAUGCAAGUCUGUUGUGGAAAAGUUUCUUUGCAUAGACCUUGACGAUCCCCAAGUGGACUUGGAAGAGUUCAUGUCUAAAGAGGUGUUGCCUUCUGCAGCCUCAGUCCUGUAGCAAGGGUAUGUGUAAAUACAUUGACUGCAUCAUAUCUACCAUGGACAGUCUUUAAACAGAACUUAACAGAACGAUCACUAUGACAUGACACCUCACAGGACAUUUAGCUUGCAACAAACUGUCAUGUCCUUCCUUCUUCUUCUUGUUUAAACCAAGUACUUACAUAUCCCUGCAAUAUGGUGUAUCAUAUGAGUGUAUGAAGAGGAAGAAUUUUUAAGAACCUCUUCCAGGUGUUGGGUCACUCAUUUUGUGCAUUUUCUGUCCCUGUUGCUGGAACCUCAGAUUAAAAAAUAUACUGCAGAAAAAUCACAACACAUUUCUACUAGUCUUAGAAGACUAUUAAAGGAACAUGUUUAUUGUUUCAUAUUGUGCCAAAGUGAUGGUUUCAGCCAUUUUAGGAUCAGCAUAAAAGAUUCCAAAUAA